AUGGCCGAACUCGGAAUCGUCCUUGCUGAAAGGCUCAUUAAAGUUACCGGGUCUGCAAUCAUCGAAGAGAUUUGUGACAUGUGGGGUUACAAAUCUCAACUCCAAGACCUCAUCAAAACCGUCUCUACCAUCAAGAACGUCCUCCUUGAUGCCGACUCCAAGCGGAAGCUCCCCUACGAAACACGAGGCUAUAUCGAGGAUCUCAAGGCUGCUAUUUAUGAUGCUGAUGAUCUGUUCGAUGAGUUUUUCAUCCUUGCUGAGCUCAAGUUGCUUGAUGGCAACAAGGAUGAUAAAUUCCUUAAAAAGGUACGCCGCUUUUUUUCUGGUAAGGAGGUAAGUCAAGCUUAUAGAAUGUCUAGUCAGGUUAAGAAAAUUAAAUUGCAGUUGGAUAGUAUUGUUAGUAACCAUCACAAAUUUGGGCUUAGUGUUGACUAUAAGCCUAUUUGUAGAAGAAGGGAGGAAACUUGCUCCUAUGUGGAUGCAGGGGAUAUCAUUGGGAGAGAGGAUGAUAAAAAGGCUGUCAUUGACAUGUUGUUAGGUCCCAAUGAUGUUCAGGAAAGUUUUCGCUUUGUGACUAUUGUGGGAGUUGGAGGGUUGGGUAAAACUGCUCUUGCCCAACUUGUGUGUAACGAUAAUGAAGUUGAAGCAGAGUUUCCGGAUCCCAAGUUAAGGUUGUGGGUUUGUGUCUCUGAUCAAGAUGGGGAGCAGUUUGAUGUCAAAGUGAUUCUUUGUAAAAUUCUAGAAUUACUUUCUGGUAAAAGGCCUGACGAUACCUCCUCAAUGGAGUUGGUGCAAAAGCAAUUUCAAGAACAAUUAAGAGGAAAGAAGUACUUGCUUGUUCUUGAUGAUGUAUGGAAUGAAGAUUGUGAGAAAUGGCGUAAUCUUUGCAGGUUCUUAACGCUAGGUCAAGAGGGUAGUCGGAUUGUGGUGACUACACGUUCGGAGAUGACUGCAAAGAUUAUUGGAGAAAAACAUACGCACAAGCUACAAGGUUUAUCUGAAGAGAAUUCGUGGCUCUUGUUCGAGUCUAUAGCAUUUGAUAAAGGGGAACACGAGCACGCAAGUCAUCUUGAAUUAGUUGAAAUCGGGAAGAAGAUUGUUAAAAAAUGCUACAACAUCCCACUUGCUAUAAAGGCGGUAGGAAGCCUUCUAUUUGGGCAGCCUGUAAAUAAGUGGCAGACAUUUUACCACAGCGGGUUUGUUGGAAUUGGAAAAGGUGAUAAUGAAAUUAUGUCUAUACUAAAGCUUAGCUACUACAACCUUAAACCCUCUUUGAAGAAUUGUUUUAGCUAUUGUGCACUAUUUCCCAAAGAUUUUAUGCUCAGUAGGAAGGAGUUGAUUAGCCUUUGGAUGGCACAAGGAUAUAUUGUGUCUCUAGACAGAGAUCAAAGCAUAGAAGAUGCGGCAGCAGAGCAUUUUCUAAUUUUGGUACGGAGAUGUUUCUUUCAAGAUGUAAAGAAGGAUAGAUAUGGUGAAAUUGGGUCCGUGAAAAUCCAUGACUUGAUGCAUGAUGUUGCUCUAGAAGUAGCGAGGGAGGAAUUAGGUGUAGUAAGCUAUAAUACAGCCAAAUUGGGAGAUAAAAUUCGUCAUGUGUAUUUUGGUCGUGGUGCCUUUUCACAAAAUUACUCAUUGAAGACUAACAUACGUUCGUUUAUAUCAAGGGGUAAAUUAGGUUAUCCGGUGAAUGCACAGAUUGACAGUUGGAUGUGUGUAAGGGUGUUGGUUUUGCGGGGUGCAGGUAUAGUACAGUUUCCUGAUUCAAUUGGUAAGCUACUGCAUUUAAGGUGUCUUGACCUUUCUUUUAAUUAUAAUUUAGAGGGACUAUCUGAUUCUAUUAGUAGACUACAUAACUUGCAUACAUUAGAUUUAAAUCAUUGCGGUGGAAAAUUGAGGGAGUUGCCAAAAAAUUUUAAGGAAUUGAUAAAUCUUAGGCAUUUGGAUUUAAAUACUUGUAAAAAGUUAACUCAUGGAUAA